UUUUAUAGUUGCAGUUGAACUUGAAACGACAAGUCGUUUGGUUGCAAAUUUGCAACACUAAUUUGCCACCUGAUUCUUCCAUUUCUUUCACGGCACAGACGGCGUAUAACCUCCACGCGCCGUCAUCGCCAUGACCGAAUCCGAAGAAUCAAUAGCGUACCCUCCGAUAGACCCGGUUAACUUUGAUCUCAUUAUCGUCGGCACUGGCCUCUCCGAAUCCAUCAUCGCCGCUGCCACCUCAGCCGUCGGAAAGACCAUCCUCCACCUCGACCCCAACUCCUUCUACGGCAGCCAUUUCGCUUCUCUCUCCCUCGAAGAUCUCACAUCUUACCUCAAUUCCCCUCCCAAAUCUAUCACCGCCGCCACCACCACCACCUCACCCAACGAUUCCGAUUAUGCCGCCUUAAAUCUCAUCCAAAAACCCCUGUACUCCGACGCGGAGUUCAUUUACCGCGAUUCCACCGACGAAUCCUCAUUUCUUCGAGAAAAUUCGAGAAAGUUCAAUCUCGAUUUAGGAGGACCUAGGGCAUUGUUCAGCGCAGACAAAACAAUCGAUCUAUUGUUGAAAUCAGGCGCUGCACAGUACUUGGAGUUUAAAGGAAUCGAUGCGAGUCUCGCGUACGAUGCAAAUGAGGGUUUGAUGAACGUUCCAGAUUCUCGCGGAGCGAUUUUUAGAGAUAAAAACCUUUCACUUAAGGAGAAAAAUCAAUUGAUGAAGUUCUUCAAGCUUGUUCAACAACAUUUGAGUGAUAAUGGAGAUGAGAAGAUUUCAGAGGAAGAUUUGGAGAGUCCUUUUGUGAGUUUCUUGGAGAAAAUUCAGUUGCCGCCGAAGAUAAAAUCGAUUCUUUUGUAUGCUAUAGCCAUGGUAGAUUUUGAUCAAGAAAACAGUGAGGUUUGUAAGGACUUACUCAAAACAAAAGAUGGAAUAGACCGUUUAGCUCUAUACAGCUCAUCUGUUGGAAGGUUUCCCAAUGCACCGGGGGCUUUGCUUUAUCCUAUUUACGGUGAAGGAGAAUUACCACAAGCUUUUUGUCGUCGUGCUGCUGUAAAAGGUUGCAUUUAUGUUCUCCGAAUGCCGGUUAUUUCUCUGCUUAUGGAUAAGGCUAAUGGGUCGUAUAAAGGUAUUAGAUUAGCUUCGGGUCAGGAUUUAUUUAGUCAUCAGCUUAUCCUGGACCCAUCUUUCACGAUUCCAUCAACACCGUCUUUGUCUCCCAAAGAUAUUUCCAGUGAAAGGCUUGAGAUGUUGAGUCAGAGAGAUAUUAAAGGAAUGGUGGCUAGGGGAAUAUGCAUCACAAGGAGUUCCAUAAAGCCAGAUGUAUCAAAUUGCUCUGUGGUGUAUCCUCCUAGAUCUCUUUAUCCUGAUCAGGUGACAUCAAUCAGGGCUCUUCAGAUAGGAUCCAAUCUCGCCGUCUGUCCUGCGGGCACCUUUGUUUUAUACUUUUCCACUUUGUGUAAUGAUGCCGAUGAAGGAAAGAAGUUACUAAACGCAUCCGUGAAUGCUCUUCUUACACUGCCUGUAUCUGGAAACACAGAAAGUAUUCCCAUUCUUCAAAGUGACUGUGAAGAUAAAAAACCCGCUGUGCUCUGGGGUGCAUUUUAUAUUCAAAAAUUAACCACGGGUAAAUUUGAAGCUAUUAGUUCCACUCCUACACCGGAUGGAAACCUAAACUACAAUGAACUUUUAGACGCAACUGAGAAGCUAUUUGGUCAAAUGUACCCCGAAGAAGAAUUCUUUCCAAAGGUGACAUCCCCUGAAGAUACCUCGGACGAUGAUGAAAACGGGAUAACUCUGGAGAGCUAAUCGAAAUCAAACUACCUUGUGCAACUCAUAUGAGAACCGCUACACCAAGAUCUGGGACAAAGGAGGUUGUGAAAUUAUAUGCUCAUGCCCUAAAAAAUGAAGAUAUAGAGAUUAAAAUUGUUGAGGUGAAUGGUUAGGUUUCCUGCUUUUUGGGUGAACUGAAAAACAGGGGUCCUCAAUGCCGGUACAAAGCACUUGUUGUAGUUAAUUAUGAUUUUUUUUUGAAGCAUAGAAAUACUGAUUUGGUGCUGUAUAUGCACUUAAGUUAAUAGCGUUUGUAGAAUCAAGUUGCUAGCUACUCUAUGAAGAUGUGGAACCAUCGAAGAUUCAAAGCUACUAAGGGCUGAAGUAUAGCACUCAAGUUCCUAAAUCUAGAUCUGUAGUUUGCGCUUGGAAAAUGAUUUAUUUGUACAAUAUUUUAUUUUAUGAGGCUAUGACCUAGUCUGAAUCUGUUGCAAAAGUAUUUAAAAUGAAGACCUGAAACACUGUAGGUUGUACAAAGUACAAACACACUUGGGAAAAUUUUGACUUUGUCUUAACA